AUUAAGAAUAAAAGACUAGUUAGUAAAAUAUUACUGGUCUCAUCAAUUGCCGGUGGAUCAUAUUUCCUAGGCACACGAAUCGAACGACAACGUUUACAAACGAACUUUGACAAAGCUACCGAAGCAGAUCCAUAUUUGUUUUGUAAUAAAGAUAGUCUUUGGAAAGAUAUACAAUUAAAACCUGCCUUGCCUAUUUUUGGAACUGUAUCUGCCGCUGUCCCUGUUCCAGCUACUGAAUCAAAAACCCUCUCCGCCGUACCCAGUCGAGUGUCACAGAUUAUGAAAUAUGGUUUCCCUGGACUCGAUCAUGUUCGUUCCUAUUCUGAUUAUGUUCUAUCUUAUGACCGACGAAAUCGAGUCGCUCAUUGGGUAUUCGAGCAUCUUACUCAGGAAUCAGUCCAGCCGAAUGACGCUGUUGACCGUUCCAAGUGUGAGUUUCGGCCGGAUGAGAGUAUUCAUCCGUUCUUUCGAUCACAAAAUACCGACUAUAGAAAAUCGGGUUUUGAUAGAGGUCACUUAGCCGCAGCUGGGAAUCAUCGUAUUCACCAGAAACAUUGUGACGAUACUUUUUUUCUCACAAAUAUGGCUCCACAAGUUGGACAAGGUUUCAAUCGAGAUUCUUGGAAUCGAUUAGAAACUUAUGUUCGCAAACUGACAAAAACAUAUCCAAAUGUAUAUGUUUGCACGGGGCCACUCUAUUUGCCACAUCGUGAAGAUGAUGGGAAAAUGUAUGUGAAAUACCAAGUAAUUGGAACUAAUAACGUGGCUGUUCCAACACACUUUUAUAAAGUCAUUGUUGGUGAGACGGCUGAUAAUCAUUUGGAAAUGGAGGCGUAUGUUAUGCCGAAUAAAGAGAUUGCCAAUGAAACGCCAUUGCAAGUGUUUCAAGUGCCACCAGAGACGAUAGAACGAGCAGCGGGUUUAUUGUUUUUUGAUACAAUAAAUCGGAAACAACUUUCGAAGAUCAAUGGAAAGAAAGUUUGA